AUGGCCCUUCCACCCCUCCCCCUCCCCGCAGGCGUAACAAGCCGCAACAUUCAAACAAACGAUCUAAACAUCCACAUCCUAGAAGCCGGCCAAACCCCAGAGAACAAUAAACCAUUGAUUAUCCUUCUCCACGGUUUCCCAGAAAUCGCCUACUCAUGGCGCCGCGUGAUCCCAAAACUAGCAGCAGCCGGCUUCUACGUCGUAGCCCCAGACCAGCGCGGCUUCGGCCGCACCACAGGCUGGGACACGCGCGGCUAUGAAGACGUCGACCUGGCAACCUUCUCACUAUCCAUGCUGGUGCGGGAUAUUGUGCUUCUUGCACACGCACUAGGCUACCGUUCUGUCCGGUGCGUCGCCGGCCACGACUGCGGCGCUGUAUCAGCAGCCGCGUGCGCCCUAAUACGGCCGGAUUUCUUCCAGAGCGUUGCCCUCAUGAGCCAUCCGUUUAACGGGGCCCCGGAUCUACCGUUUAACACGGCGAAUGCGGAUGCCGCGACUGGGUCUGAGACGGCGGCGGCAGGUGGGGCGGGUGGUGCGGAGGGGUCGGCUGCUGCGGCGGGGAUUCAUGACGCGCUUGCGGAACUCGGGCGCAAGCAUUAUAAGUGGUAUUACUCGACUAAGCAGGCUGGUCCUGAAAUGUCGGAUCUGGAGCCUGACGAGAUGCAUCGCUUCUUGCGAGGAUACUUUCAUCUGAAGAGUGGUUCGUGGCUGGGGAACCGGCCACAUCCGCUUGGGAAGUGGUCUGCUGCUGACCUGGUCAAGUUACCCGGGUACUAUAUCAUGCCGUUGAAUGAGACGAUGCCUGGAACGGUGGCGCAUGAUAUGGAGCAUGAGCCGUCCGGCGGUCUGGCCUCGCACUCUUGGCUGCCGGAUGAAGAGCUCGCAGUUUAUGCCGCUGAAUAUAGCCGCACGGGCUUCCAGGGUGGGUUGAAUUGGUACCGUGUUCGCACCGCUGCUAGGGGCCGGUAUACGAAGGACUUUGAUGUCUUUGCUGGGAAGAAGCUCGAGCCGCCUUGCGCUUAUGUCUCGGGCAAGCUGGACUGGGGCAACUAUCAGGAGCCCGGUGCUAUUGAGAAGAUGAAGAACGGGAUUUCGUGUGCUGACCUGCGUGUCUUUCGGCUUGUGGAUGGGGUUGGGCAUUGGACGCCCCAGGAAAGUCCGGACGAGGUGACGCGCGCGAUUCUGGACCUGAUCGGAGGUGUGCGCGACUAG